GCAAUUUUGCAUUGUUGCAUACCUUGUUAAAAGCCUCUCCCUUUCCUAGUCAUGUUGCUGGAAUUCAAGUUUGACCUUUGUCUAUCCAUGAUCUUCAAACAUCUAUUGCUUUUUGACGACGACCAUGCAUAUCUGGCAAAUUUCAGUGGCGGCAGCCUUUACACUGUGUCUUACUGGACCAGUGCACGCAAGAAGCUGUGAUGGCACCCAGGGAACAACACCAAAAGCCCACCCUGAUGUCAUUCAAGGAGUCCCAUCCUGCCCAGAGGAUGACGGUAACAUCUUUCUGACACCCGACGGCAGCUUUUACACAAUGCAGUGCUGUAUGCAUCAAUCAGAGGGAACAAAGUUGAUUGCGACAGUGCACACCUCUGGGUAUGAUGACUGCAUUAAUAGAUGCAGCGAGACAGACAAUUGCAAUGGGUUUCAGUACAUUUAUGGCGACUCUGGCAACGAAAGGACCGGGGAUUGUCGGCUUUACUCCAGUGCUAUGUUCUCAACUCAGAAAUGUGGAAAUACUCUGCAUGACUGGGCCUUUUUGACAGAUCCCCCUGUCAUUGAAGCUAAACAGGAGGUGCAACUUGCAUGCUCAACAAAGUGUCCUGAUGCAGAUGGCCAGCUGUAUAAAGCUAAGAAUAAACAAGUAUUCCACAUGGAUUGCCAGAAGCGCCAUGGAACAGCCUGGUUUCACAAAACAGAGAAAGACACAUUGAAGGCUUGCAUCAAUUCUUGCGCUUCCUAUAUUGGCUGCCAGAGUGUUGACUUCCACCAACGCACCAGACAGUGCUACCUUGGAAAGCACCAAGGAGAGCCUGCUGUCCAGGCUUCAGGUUGGGCUAGCGCGCAUUCAAUGGGCUGCUCUGGGGCAUGUGACGAGAAUGAAGCUUGCAGUUUGAAUGAGCCUGCUGAGCCACUCCUGGAAAAUGUAAUCCCUCCUGCAAGUGAAUCAGGUCAAACACCUUCACAAUUCUCUGCACCAGCCAAUCUGGACAUCACAUGUGAUUCAAACAACAACCAGGUUGUGAAAAUUGAUGGCAAGAAUUACCGCAUCCUGUGUGGAAAGCAGUUUAGAGACCCUGUUACAGGCUAUAAGCCUGUGGAGUCUUUCACUGAAUGUUUAGAACUGUGUGGAAAUACUGAUAACUGUAGCUCUGUGGACUUUUAUGAUCCUCAUGGUGGCAAAACCUGUUACAUGUUCACCUCCAAUCAGGAACCUCCAUAUGAGCAUAGCAACAUCUGGGCAGCAGUUCAAGUCUAA